ACUGCCUGACUAGCUAUCACUGCUCUCCUAACCUACAGCAUGACCAAGAUGGUGCGCCUGGUCUUACUGGUUCUGCUGGUGAUAGCUGCUCUGUCGCUAGCCCUGCCCGGAGGAGGCUACAGCCACAGGGGUGGUGGGUAUGGACAUGGUAGCAGCUAUGGGCACGGCGGCGGCGGAGGCUACGGCAAAGGUCAUGGAGGAAGAUAUGGAAAAGGACAUGGCGGCGGCAGCUACGGAAAGGGACAUGGUGGAGGAGGAUAUGGGCAUGGCGGUUAUGGGAAGGGACAUAGUGGAUAUGGAUACGGCGGCGGCCACGGGCAUGGUGGAAGUGGCUACGGCAAGGGUCACGGCGGCGGUGGCUACGGCAAGGGACACGGCGGCGGCUACGGCUAUAGCGGCGGCGGUUACGGGCAUGGCGGAGGCGGAUAUGGCAAGGGGCACGGAGGCGGCGGUUACGGGCAUGGCGGAGACGGAUAUGGCAAGGGGCACGGCGGCGGCGGCGGCUACGGUAAGGGACACGGUGGCGGUGGAUAUGGGAAGAGCCAUGGGGGCGGUUAUGGUCAUAGUGGUGGCGGCUACGGCAGAGGCGGCUACGGUCAUAGUGGCGGCUAUGGCCACGGCAGCGGCGGAUACGGUCAUGGCUACCAUUAAGAAGGGAUGCAGAAUUACUUUACCAUCUCCUCCACCACUGACCUCAGGAGUGUAUCACCUCACGUUUUCUGUUGAAUAAAUAUUAAACUAACUUA